AUGCUCAUCAGCAGUAUUACCGGGCCAGGGGUGUUGCAGAUCCCGACGGUUUUUCAAACCUCAGGCUUUUUCUUCCCGACCUUCCUGUUCCUCAUCAUCACCGUCUUUACUGGAUGGAGCUGCCUGUUUCUCCUCGAAGCCAUGUCUCUGUUCCCUGGGAACGCGUCGUUUGAGCGAAACGUCGAGUUUACCGUGCUCGUCCACCACUACUAUGGGCGAUACUGGUACUAUGCCAUGCACAUUGUUUUGUAUGGCUCGCUCCAGUCGUUCAACAUCGCGUCCAUCAUUCAGGCAGCCCAGUCGUUCGACAUCCUCAUCCUGAGUGUCUUUGGAGAAACCUGCGGAUUCCAGAUUUCUGCGCCUUCUGGGUUUGUCUGUGUCAAUCAAGUCAGCAACAGCAAUUCUCCGUUUGGCUCGCAGAUCAUGCUCUUGACAUUCGGAGGCAUUCUUCUGCUUUCGGUUCUCAUACCACUCCUGUAUCUCGAUUUAAAUGACAACAUGAUUGUUCAAUGGGUGUCUCUCGCCUACCUGAUCGUGUGCGUCUUCAUCUGGGCCAUCAUGUCCUUUUUCUCGGGCCAAUCCUUCAGCACCAACUUUUCGUUCAUGGCUCCGCCGGGCGGCGGAUAUGCAAGUGCCAUCGGCGCCGUGCUCCUCAACUUUACCCUGGCCAACACCAUUCCAUCGUGGGUGAACGUAAAGCACAAAUCGGUCAGUGCUUCGCGAUGCAUCUGGAUCUCGAUAUGGAUUGCAACCUUUCUCUAUUUAAUCACGGGAUGGUUCGGUGCACUUGCGUUCCAGAUCGGCAACGGAUCCAAUCUCAUGGCGGCCAUCACGUCGACUCUUGUGACGGGCGGGUGGCCGGUCGUCAACAACAUCAUCAACUUGACAUAUCCAUUCCUGAUCCUUGUGACGUCCAUCCCAGUCGCUUUCAUCAUUUCCAAGCUGAACUUGGUCACUUCAAACCUCUGUUCGCCAGGCGUCGCCUACUUUUGGGCCGUCAUCUUCCCGUUCCUCGUGGCGAUCCCGAUGCAGACAGGACCGUGGGUCUCGAUCUUCUCGAAUUGGACCAGCUUGACCUUUCAGUCCAUCUGCAACUUUAUCGCCCCACUCCUCAUCUACUUGUUUCUGCACAAGCGCAAUCUGGUGAUGCAGCAGUCGGUGUUGGAUGAACUCAACAACCUC